UAUAUACCCCUAUCAAAAUAGUCAACAAUGGAAGAUGAUGGCCUUUUAUUGAACUUUGCCGCUCCUAGUGAGUCGGUAAAUGUAAGUGCCUCGAAAGCCUCUAAAUCCAAGGUCACUGGGGGACGAUGGAAGGACAGAAGAAAGCUCCAGCUUUCACUUCAAGGAAGAGGUCGUAGUAGUAAGAAGACUGUGGCCAGUGGAGUGAAUAACAGUAAGGUUGAGCCACGUAAGAGGGAAACAACCUCUACAGAUGGUGACCACAAGAAAAGAACCACCACGCCUCACUUGGGACCAACCAUGAAGAAGAUCAAGUUUGCUGAAACUGGUGGAGAAACUGGUGGGAAGAACAAUUCGUACGUUUCUUCUCUUUUCACAUCUAAUGACAAGGCCACUUUAGAAGAAGAAAAAGCUGGCGAGUCUAGUGAAGUCCAUCUUCCUUCCAAUGCGCCUCUUGAUACCUCUUCCUUCGAUGGUAUUGGAUUAAACGAAAGACUUUCCAAGCACUUGAAGGAAUCAUUAAGAUUCAAACAUCCUACCAAGGUCCAACAAUAUGUCUUACCCAAGUUGGUUAGAGAACAAACUUGUAGAGAUUUGUUUGUCAAAGCCCAAACUGGGUCUGGUAAGACCUUGGCAUUUUUGCUCCCAAUGUUCCAUCGUUUGAUGCUUAGAACAGAUAUCAACAGAGACUCUGGUAUCUUUGGACUUAUUUUGGUUCCUACCAGAGAACUUGCCACACAAAUUUAUGGGGUAAUGGAAUCUCUUGCUCGUUGUUGUCAUCACAUUGUUCCUGGUAUCGUUAUUGGUGGUGAAAAGAAGAAAUCCGAAAAGGCUAGAUUAAGAAAAGGUGUGAAUGUUUUGGUUGCCACUCCUGGUAGACUUGUAGAUCAUAUGGAGAACACCACCGUAUUUGACGUGAGUCAAUUAAGAUGGUUAGUGUUGGAUGAAGGUGAUAAGUUGAUGGAAUUGGGAUUUGAGGAAACCAUUACCAAAAUUACCACCAGAAUUUCCGAAAGUAGUAAGAUCAAUAUCAAUCAAUACCCAGAAUUACCACUGAAGAGAAUCAAUGUGUUAUGUUCUGCCACAAUUCAAGGUAAUGUUAAGAAAUUGGGAAGUAUUGUGUUGGAGAAUGCUGAAAUGGUUAGUAUCGAAGGAGAAAGAGCUGGUACUGUCUUAUUUGAAGAGCAUGCCACACAUACUGGUGGUAAGGAACCAGAAGACUUCUCUAUUCAAUCCGCACCUGAUCAACUUAUUCAAAAAGUCGUUGUUGUUCCACCAAAGUUACGGUUGGUUACUAUGGCAGCCUUGUUGAAAAAUGACGUCAAGUUCGAAGGUAGAACCAUUGUUUUCUUCUCAUGUUCUGAUUCCGUUGAUUUCCAUUUCGAUACCUUCACAAGAGAUGGAUCUCAAUUCAAGAGAGAUAAAGAAGUUGAAGGUGGAAUCAAGAGAGUUCCUUUCCAUAAAUUUGUUGAUUCAGAUGAAAGUGAAGAAACAACUCCAUCUGUAUUAACCGCUCCAUUGUUGAGUCAAAAUACUGUUAUCCACAAGCUCCAUGGUUCUUUGUCACAACAAGUCAGAACCUCCACUUUGCAAUCUUUUGUUAAGGGGAACUUCCCACUAGUUGGUGAUGCCCCAAAGCACUCUAUUUUGUUCUGUACAGAUGUUGCUGCUCGUGGUUUGGAUCUUCCAAAUAUUUCUAAUGUUGUUGAAUUCGAUCCACCUUUCUCAAUUGAAGAUCAUUUACAUAGAAUUGGUAGAACUGCCCGUGUGGGUCAAGAGGGUGACGCUACUCUUUUCCUUCUUCCAGGUAUUGAAGAAGCCUACGUUGACGGUAAGUUGAGAAUUGUGCAUCCAAAGAGUAGUAAUUUAAGAGUUAUCCCAUAUGAAGGGAUUCUUAGACAAGGAUUCUCAGAAGAAACAUCAUCUACCGUUGCCACCAGUAAUGAUCCUAAAAGAAAACCAGGUAAGUGGGACGUCCAUGCCACCACAUGGCAUCUUGAUGUUGAAAGAUGGCUUCUUGAAGACACCGGAGCUCAUGACAAUGCUGUUCAAGCGUUUACAUCUCAUAUUAGAGCAUAUGCUACACAUUUAGCUACCGAAAGACAAUUUUUCAAUGUCAAACUUUUACAUUUAGGGCAUUUGGCCAAGAGUUUUGGACUUAGAGAAACCCCAAAGAAGUUGGGUAAAUCCAUGGGAGGAAUCCAUGAGGGCCAACAAAACAGUGGAAGCAGUAAGGGUGGGCCUCGUAAGAAUGAAGACCCUCGUAAGAAGAUGUUGAGAAUGGCCAAGAUGGCGGUUAAUUCUGCCAGCAGCGAGUUCAACUAUUAGUGUAUAUUAGUAAUAAAGCAUAUAAAGAGUUAAAUAGUAAACGCGUGUAAA